UCUCACCUCGUUGCCUUCAUAAGGUCCCGCCGAGCCGGCCCAGCUCAGUCUACGUAGCGCAGGGACCGGAGCUGCUAUCGUCAGCGCCGCCGAGACGCCAUGGGCUGUGACCAGAGUAAGACCGUCGCCGAGCAGAGCCACGGGCAGCAGUCUCCUGAUAUUCAGCGAUCAGGGACGCCCGUGUGCAGCUGCUGUGCUGAUUGUAGUUCAAUGGGACAGGACGCGACUCAAGUAGAAGAUGAGGGAGGCAGAAGCCAAAGUCCAAAGAAAGCGCCUGUGAACAUCAAGGUGAAGGUCUCCGGGAAGCGCGAGACCGACGAGAUUGUGGACGAUUACGGCGGGGUGCCCGUCGCCAUCCCGGUGAAAGGCCGAACCACUCCAUGCGGUGAAGGACACGCUGAGAUCGGGGGGAGAGUCAAUGACGGACGGCUCUCGGAGGGAGGGAAGUCGUGGAAGGAGAAGGAGCCUUCGGUCAAGGAGGCCGAGGAAGGCCAGGCCCUGGAGGAGCAACCGCCCAACAAGGAGUACUUCCUGGAAUCCAGAGCUGCCCCCAGCGCGCCGUCGUCGGUGAGCACAGCGGACCUGGACAGUCAGCCGUCCGUGGCGAGCUACGCCUUUGAGCCCGAACUGAGCCACGUGCUGAGCGCGGACGCCCGCGAGGGUGAGGGCGCGUGCUCGCCCGCCUCUGAUGGCUUCCUGGAGGACGACGAUGAACUCUUUGAGUCAGAGCUGGACUUCUGUAGCUCGAGCUUCUCGAAAGGUAGCACCUCACUGGAGGAGGGCGACAGGCUGGGGGGCAGCGCCCUGCACAAGCGGAGGUACAGGAAUGCCAACGAGUGGAAAAAGAAGGUCACCUUAGACACGGAGCGCGAGGUGCGCCUGGAGCGUGAGGCCAAUGUGGCCGUCCUCAAGGCGCUGGUGCACAGGUGCAUCCUCAUCAAGAAGCACCUGCUGGACAAAGAGACCCUCAGCGACCUGCAGUGAGCCCCCUCUGUGCCCUCUCCCAUUGUCUAAUGUAAUCUCCUUUGAACCCUCGGACUGCCUCGCUCUCGUUUUUGUUUUUCUGCAUUGAACACACUUGGCCCCCCUGAGCUCAUCAUCCUGGGGUAUUGGUUUGAGUGGCUUAUAGCGCCUUGCACAUGGGCACAGCC